CACCCCGCCAACCUUGAAUCUCCAUAACAUAAAUAUCAUUUCAGGUUCACUCCGGUUUCACACUCUUUAAGCGCCCGUAUACCGUUUCAAGACAACCUGACACCAUGUCUUCAUCACACGCCAGCCUCAGCGCUGCCUCAGACGACCGAAAAGCUAGGCUCGCGAAGCUCAAGAACCUCAAGCGCAAGCAACCUGGAGACGAAAUUGUUGCACCAGAAUCAGAAAGAGCCCAAUCCCCUCCCGUAGAGCCAGAUGUCUCACGACUCCAUGUCUCUGGCCGCAACUAUGACCCUGAAACCAGAGGCCCCAAGCUUGGCUUUGAGCAGGACCCAACCCUCAAUCUUGACAAGCCAACGCUCGAAGAACAAGCUGCCGAAGUGGAAGCAGAGGUCAAGCAAAAGGCGGCAGAAGAAGCCCAAGACGAUCAAGGUGUCGAUUUAUUCAAGCUACAGCCGAAGAAGCCGAACUGGGAUUUGAAAAGGGAACUUGAUAGGAAAAUGGAGGUUCUCAACGUUCGAACCGACAACGCCAUUGCGCGCUUAGUCCGUGAUCGUAUCACGGGUGCACAAAAGGCAGCGGCAAAGAGAGACGCGGUUGAGGACGCUCAAGGCACUGGAGAAGCAACUGGCAUGGAUGGUGUGGCAUUGGUAGAAGGCUUGAGGGUCAGGGAAAAGGAGGAGGAGGAGGAGGAAGAGCGUCGCGAACGGGAAGAAGAUGCUGCGCUAGGUGUAUAAAAAAGCAACAUCUAGCCUUUCGACGUAGAGGUUUUGCCUCGCCGUCCUGUUUAUUACAUCUUAGGGGUCUGGCGCAUUGUGCGAUGACGGUUACACUAUAUCUACAUUUAUAC